CCCCAUCUGAUUUCGUUGGGUUUCAGCCGCAGCUUUGCCUUGCGUGCAACAUGGAUGCAUGCGAGCUGAACUUUUCGCCCGAUGGCGCCCAAAGGCCGCACUGGUCAUGCUGCGACACCCGGAGAGAAGAUGGAGCGGCGGCCAAUGGCGCUGCGGCCUCCGCAGACGGCGGCGGAGGACCUCGCGACGCUCUGCGAGGCUCAGUGUGCGCCCCGUGGCCGCCCCAUCGAGCUGAGCUCUGAGACCAGCGCCGAGAGCGACGAAGCCACGGGUCCGCUGCACCCGAGCGCUUGGGCUGCUAGCGCGGCUGCGAAGGCGCCCAAAGUGGCAGAGCCGAAAGGGAGAGCCGCAGGACGGUGCGGAUCACGGCGGCAUGCCCCGAGGUCCGGGCGGUGCACAGCGCCAAAGGCGCGGCAGCUGCCGGAGACCCCCAGGCUCGACGGGGACGUGCAGCGACUCGCGGUGGCAUUGCGCCAGCCGCCCCAAGAGCGAAGCCGACCCAGCACCGAGCGAGGUCCCAUUUCCAGUAGGCCUGUGGUCUCAGCCAGCCUGCGGCCGCCCAGGCCGGCGCCCAGCCCAGGACCGGAAUCUUCAGGUUCAGGUUGGUACAGCCCAUUGCCCACUGCCAGCCGUUUCAAGGACCUGCGCCGGGACUCCAGCGUACGGAAGGCCUCGCUGCCAGACGUGAGCAAGACUAUGGGCUUUGAGAAUGUCCGUCAGGCGUGGGGCGCGGAGAGGGAAGUUCGCCAGGCCGAGGGCGCGCCGGGCAUGAAGGAGACCUCGCGGAAGCUGCGGCGCCGGAACGCCCAGCUGGAGACCAUCGCCCAGCGCGUGGCGAAUGACGGCGCGAAGCAGAUGAAGAAUCUAGGCUUGACGAUGCAGAAGAAGGUGCACCACGAGCUGAGCCCCGAGGAGCAGAUGCCGGACCGCGUGGGCAAGCUGGCCAAGCAGCUCAGGAUCCCGCUGGACAUGAUGAAGCAGGCGUACGAUACCUUCCUGGAGAUUUGUCUGAGGCCGGACGACCCCAUGGCGGUCAAGGGCGUCAAGACGAACAAGAAGGGGGAGCUGUUGGACGAAGACCUGGACGUGUUCAAGGAGGGGUCCGUGAAUUUGGAGGGCUUCUCCAAGGUCAUCUGCAAGCUGAUAGGCUGCCACAGCACCGCCGAGCUGCCACCGGGGCUCAUCCAGCAGAGUUUCCAGGAUGCAGAUGCCAAGGCCGAGAAGGCCGUGACCUUCUUGGACUUCGCCUUCUGGUACUCCAGGCACUUCUUCAACGAGACCAUGCUCUUGACCAACGCCCAGAUGGAAGUCCGCGAGCUGGCCCGAAAGUACGAGUUGCCCAUCAUCGAGGUGGAGCAGUACAAGAAGAAGUUCGACUUCUUCGAUGAGGACAGCAGCGGCUACAUCGACUACGCGGAGUUCAGGACGCUGCUGAACGCUCUGGUGAAGCUGCCUGGGAACUGCGAGCUGCCGCCCAGCCGGGUGCAGCAGUUCUGGGCGGAGGCGGACCGGGAGCGGAAGGAGGCGGUGUCCUUCGAGGGCUUUCUGAUCUUCUUCUACAGGUACUUCAACCUCAGCACCCCCUGUGCUUGCCCUUUCCGAGAGUACUACCGAGGCAUCCGGCGUGUGCCGGUGGCGCACGUGUGAGCGCGUGCUUUCGCGGUUAGGAUGGAACCAGCGAAAG